AUGAACAGCCAGGCAAGCCACGCAACCUCUUCGUCUUCCGUCGCCGCGAAGAGACGCCACACCGCCGAGCCAGUGCCGGUGCACAUCUUUGGCAAACAAGUCUUGGCUGACAUGAAGAGCCUCUGCAUGGACCAGCUCUUCUCGGACAUCACUUUCCUCGUGGAGGAUCAGCGCCUGCCGGCGCACCGCAUGAUUCUAGGAAAGCGCAGCAAAUACUUCUACGCCCUACUCUACGGUGGCAUGUCUGAGUCAAAAAAAGAUGUGAUUCGGCUGGAGGUGCCGUUGGAGGCAUUCAAAAUAAUCCUGGGCUACCUUUACUCGGGCACUCUGCCCAUAUCCCAACUGGACGUGAAUGCCAUUUUAAAAGUGCUCGGUUUGGCCAAUAUGUAUGGCUUGCUGGAAGUCGAGACGGCCAUAUCCGAACAUCUGCACCAGAAUCUGGACGUCAGCAAUGUGUGCAUGAUCCUGAAUACAGCGCGCCUAUUCAAUCUUGCCGACUUGACCAUGAAAUGCCUCAAUUUCGUGGACAACCUGGUGAAUGUGGUGCAUCCAUCUGGAAUUAUCCACCCGGAUGCAAUAUUAGACGCCAUCAAAACAGCGUCCAUUCCUUCGAAUCUGGCCUACCGUGCCGCCGUACAUCCACUGGUAAAUGUGGCCUCAGAAACCCAUGAGGCACGUCGUUUAACUGUGAAAUCUAUUGAGAUCGUCAAGCUGAAGUUCUGGUGCAUAAUCAAUAAUAUCGAAGUCGGGAGUACUCAAAAUGCACUCUCGCUCAACUGCACCGUAGAGGUCUCUUGCAACAUGACCCACUGGAUGGCUGCGGAUCCUCUUCUACAGCAGCUGAACUAG